AUGGAUUUGAGUGUUGUGAAUUAUGAUGAAGCUGAGUUCGCCAAAACGAACACCGGCAAUAAGGUCAGCAAGAAGCACGCGAUAACCGGAACACAGAAUAUUAUUAUUUCCGGAAAGACGAUAAUCGAAGAAGGCGUGUCGAUUCGAGGCGAUCUCGCGGCGGCGAAAAUCGGCAAAUACUGCAUCCUGAAAAGGAAAAGCAUCAUUCGACCGUGUCUGAAAAUUUUCAGCAAAAAACCGACAAUGUGCAAUGUGACAAUUGGCGAUUUCGUGUUCAUUGAAGAAGAAUGCGUUCUGAACGCGUCGCAAAUCUACUCAUUCGUGCACAUCGGUGCUCGAAGUGUGCUCGGCAACGGUUGUGUGAUUCGCGAGUGCUCGAGAAUUCUGCCGGACACCGUCGUGCCACCCGACAUCGUGUUCCCGCCAUUCUCCACCAUUGGCGGCAAUCCUGCUCGAGUCGUUGGCGCCGAGCCGGCGUGCACGGAGAGCCUGAUGAUCGAAGCGUGCACAAUGUACUACGAUAAUUUUGUGCCGCACAGCACGCACAAGACAUCGUUUGCUUGA